AUGCGUGAAGGUGCCAACCGCCGUGGAGAGUCGAUGACACAGUCACGCACCAGGGAUGAAGCAGCCACAAUUCGGGUGACUAAUCUGUCGGAGGAUGUGCGAGAUUCGGACCUUCAAGAUUUGUUCCGGCCUUUUGGUCAGAUUGCAAGAAUUUACCUGGCCAAGGACAAAGUCACCGGCCAGUCGAAGGGAUUUGCAUUCAUCAAUUUUGUGCACCGCGAAGAUGCUGCGCGGGCUAUUGCUAACGUCAAUGGCUUUGGCUAUGACAACCUCAUCCUUUCUGUGGAAUGGGCAAAGCCUUCCGGUACUGCAUGA